AUGGAUUCUAGUUUAGCCAAUGCAAGAAAUUUGAGCUGUAAGACAGGGGGAAAAAGAAAGAUAGAAGAAAGAAAUGUUGGGGAUAAGAAAGAUGAUGUAAGAGGUUACUUCACAUGGAAUUUGGACAUGGAUCAUGUUUUGGCUGAAACAGAGAGAACGCCAAAAAUUGCAUCAAACUUUGGAGAGGAUGACAUAUGUGUGAAAGAUAGGGCUAAUGGAGUUCAAGUAGAACAUGCAUUUGAUAUAGAUUAUGUCAUGAGCAAAGAGGCGGUUGUAGAUGAAGAAGGGUCCAAUGUGCAUAUUGAUUUAGAGGAACCAAGUUCCGCAACAAAGAAAAAGUGCAAUAUAGUCGUGCUUAUAAAGUUGACUGAAAAUCUAAACAAAAUAGUGAUUCUCAAAGCUCUUCCAUUGAGGGAGAAGAAAAAGUUUCUAUUGGUUUCCAUGCCUUGA